AUGAGAACCCGGGCCUAUCUUCUUGCGAUCCUCGCUCUUCUGACUGCCUGCUGUCUGGAUUGGACCAACGCGUUAUUUUUCAAAUCCUGGAAGACCGGCAGGGGAUAUGGUGGAGUACAAAACUAUGGGUACAAUGGUUAUGGGAAUUACGGCUACAGCAACUAUGCAGCCGGCUAUGGCUAUCCAUCUUAUCCAGGCUACUCCUCCUACUCGUAUCCAUCAUCCCCAGCGUACUCUUCCUACUCGUACCCGUCUUAUCCAGGCUACUCCUCGCAGUACAACCCAUACAGAGGACGAAGGACAUCCGGUCAGCGACAAGGACGCACCUACUCGGAAAUACAAAGAGUGAUUAAGCCCGAUGGCUACGUGGGACUCGGUGCAAGUCGAUUCCUUCCAGCUAGAAGUCGAUUCUCCCCUCUUUGGGGCUAG